CCUGGCUGCAAAGAGGUAAAUGCUGUCAACUGUAACACAAGCUGGAAAAUAACUUUGUUCAUGAAAUUCAGUAGUUAUCGAGAUGAUGUGCUGAAAGGAGGAGAUGUUGUUAGGCUGUUUCAUGCAGAGCAAGAGAAGUUUCUGACCUGUGAUGAAUAUGAGAAGAAACAACAUAUUUUCCUCCGUACUACAUUGCGUCAGUCAGCCACUUCUGCAACAAGUUCUAAAGCACUGUGGGAAAUAGAGGUUGUCCAUCAUGACCCUUGUCGGGGAGGAGCAGGACAGUGGAAUAGCUUGUUUAGAUUUAAGCAUUUGGCAACUGGAAACUACUUAGCUGCAGAGCUUAACCCACACUAUCCAGAAGGUAAUAAUGAAGGAAAAGCUCUGCAGAGAGAUGGAGACCUUCCUGCUUCAAAGAAGAAACGCCAAGCAGGGGAGAAGAUUAUGUAUACUUUGGUCUCUGUGCCACACGGAAAUGACAUCGCAUCUCUCUUUGAACUGGAUGCCACCACUCUUCAGAGAGCUGAUUGCCUGGUUCCAAGGAACUCCUACGUCCGAUUGAGGCAUUUGUGCACUAACACUUGGGUCACUAGUACCAGCAUUCCAAUAGAUACUGAUGAAGAGAGGCCUGUGAUGUUAAAGAUUGGGACAUGCCAAACAAAAGAGGACAAGGAAGCUUUUGCCAUUGUAUCAGUUCCUCUGUCUGAGGUCAGAGACUUGGAUUUUGCCAAUGAUGCAAACAAGGUUCUAGCAUCAACUGUGAAAAAGCUGGAGAAUGGAACUAUAACCCAGAAUGAAAGGAGGUUUGUAACCAAGUUACUGGAGGAUCUCAUUUUCUUUGUUGCUGAUGUGCCUAAUAAUGGGCAAGAAGUUUUGGAUGUGAUCGUUACCAAGCCAAACCGAGAACGACAAAAAUUAAUGAGGGAACAAAAUAUAUUGGCUCAGAUAUUUGGCAUCCUCAAAGCUCCUUUCAAGGACAAGGGCGAAGGGUCAAUGCUGAGACUUGAAGACCUAGGUGACCAGAGAUAUGCUCCUUACAAAUACAUGUUAAGAUUAUGUUACAGAGUUCUCAGACAUUCCCAGCAGGACUACAGGAAGAACCAGGAAUAUAUUGCUAAGAACUUCUGCAUCAUGCAGUCCCAGAUUGGUUAUGAUAUUCUGGCAGAAGAUACCAUCACAGCUUUGUUGCACAACAACAGAAAACUGCUAGAGAAACACAUCACGGCUAAAGAAAUAGAGACAUUUGUGAAUUUACUCAGGAGAAAUCGGGAGCCAAGAUUCUUGGAUUAUCUGUCAGACCUGUGUGUGUCUAACACCACAGCAAUACCAGUAACUCAGGAACUCAUCUGCAAGUUCAUGCUGAGCCCAGGGAAUGCUGACAUCCUCAUUCAGACCAAGCUGGUUUCAACACAAAUGGACAAUCUCUUGGAAUGCCCAGUCAUCUCAGAUGACAUGGAUGAAGAGGAAGUGUGGCUUUACUGGAUUGACAGUAACAAGGAGCCUCAUGGCAAAGCCAUCAGGCAUCUGGCUCAGGAGGCGAAGGAGGGCACGAAAGCUGAUUUAGAAGUUCUUACCUACUACAGGUACCAACUGAACCUCUUUGCAAGAAUGUGCCUGGACCGCCAAUAUCUUGCCAUCAACCAGAUUUCUGCACAGCUCUCAGUAGACUUGAUCCUUCGCUGUAUGUCUGAUGAAAGCCUCCCUUACGACCUCCGCGCUUCGUUUUGUCGUCUCAUGCUACACAUGCAUGUGGACAGAGAUCCUCAGGAAUCUGUGGUACCUGUCAAAUAUGCCAGAUUGUGGACUGAGAUUCCUACUAAGAUCACAAUUCAUGAGUAUGAUUCCUUCACAGACUCUUCGAGGAAUGAAAUGAAGACGAAGUUUGCACUAACUAUGGAAUUCGUAGAAGAGUACUUGAAAGAAGUUGUAAAUCAGCCCUUUCCUUUUGGAGACAAAGAGAAAAAUAAACUUACAUUUGAGGUGGUACAUCUGGCUCGAAACCUCAUAUACUUUGGCUUUUAUAGUUUUAGUGAGCUUCUCAGACUGACCCGGACGUUACUGGCAAUUCUAGAUAUUGUUCAAGUUCCUAUAUCAUCAUACUUUGAAAGGCUGAGCAAAGGAGAGGAGAGCAAGGGAAACAACGUUAUGAGGACCAUCCAUGGUGUAGGAGAGAUGAUGACCCAAAUGGUGCUGAGCAGAGGAUCUAUAUUUCCCAUUAGUACCCCUGAUAUACAGCCAAGCAUUCACCCAAGCAAGCAAGCCAGCACCUCAGACAGUGAAGAUGUGAUCGUAAUGGACACCAAACUGAAAAUCAUUGAGAUUUUGCAGUUUAUUCUCAGUGUUAGACUGGACUACAGAAUAUCCUACAUGCUGUCUAUCUACAAGAGAGAGUUUGGGGAAAACAAUGAAACUGUUGAUUGCUCUACAACAUCCCCACCUGACACACCAGGAGUUGCCUCAGCAAUUGUUCCUGACAUAGAUGAAAUUGCAGCUCAGGCUGAAACCAUGUUUGCUGGCAGGAAGGAGAAGAAUGCUGUUCAGCUCGAUGAUGAAGGGGGCAGAACUUUUUUACGGGUCCUCAUUCACCUCAUCAUGCAUGACUACCCUCCACUGCUCUCAGGUGCUCUGCACCUGCUGUUUAAGCACUUCAGCCAGAGAGCAGAAGUUCUGCAAGCAUUUAAACAGGUUCAGUUGCUGGUGUCCAAUCAAGAUGUGGACAACUACAAGCAAAUCAAGGCUGAUCUUGAUCAGCUGCGUCUGACUGUAGAAAAAUCAGAAUUGUGGGUUGAGAAGAGCAGCAAUUAUGAGAGUGGAGAGGUGGGCGACAAUCAGACCAAAGGGGGAGAAGAGCCAAUGGAGCUUAGUAGGAAGCCAAACAGCAUUAAAAGCAAUAACUACAGUAUUGUUAAAGAGAUUUUGAUUCGACUCAGCAAACUUUGUGUUCAGAAUAAAAAAUGUCGGAAUCAACAGCAGCGACUGCUGAAAAAUAUGGGUGCCCACUUGGUAGUCUUGGACCUUUUGCAGAUCCCCUAUGAAAAGAGUGAUGAAAAGAUGAAUGAAGUUAUGAAUCUAGCCCACACUUUCCUUCAGAAUUUCUGUCGAGGAAAUCCUCAGAAUCAAGUUCUCCUCCACAAAAAUCUCAACUUGUUCUUAACUCCAGGGCUCCUGGAAGCUGAAACCAUGCGGCACAUCUUCAUGAAUAAUUACCUUCUGUGUAACGAAAUUAGUGAACGAGUGGUGCAGCACUUUGUGCACUGCAUCGAGACCCACGGGCGGCACGUGGAGUACCUGCGAUUUCUGCAGACCAUCGUGAAAGCAGAUGGCAAAUAUGUGAAAAAAUGCCAGGACAUGGUAAUGACAGAGCUGAUAAAUGGUGGUGAAGAUGUGUUGAUAUUCUACAAUGACAGAGCAUCAUUUCCAGUCCUACUUCAAAUGAUGUGUUCUGAGCGGGACCGAGCUGAUGAGAAUGGACCUUUAGCUUAUCACAUCACUCUAGUGGAACUGCUAGCAGCUUGUACAGAAGGAAAGAAUGUAUACACAGAGAUCAAGUGCAAUUCACUCCUGCCAUUGGAUGAUAUAGUGAGAGUAGUGACCCAUGAUGACUGUAUUCCUGAGGUGAAAAUUGCCUAUGUUAAUUUUGUUAACCACUGUUAUGUGGACACUGAAGUGGAAAUGAAAGAAAUCUAUGCCAGUAACCAUAUUUGGAAGCUAUUUGAGAACUUCCUUGUUGAUAUGGCAAGGGUUUGUAACACAACCACGGAUCGUAAACAUGCAGACACAUCUCUAGAGAAAUAUGUCACUGAGCCUGUAAUGAGCAUUGUGAGUGGCUUCUUCAAUUCACCAUUCUCAGAUAACAGCACCAGCCUCCAGACACACCAACCUGUUUUUAUUCAGCUGCUGCAGUCUGCUUUUAGAAUUUACAACUGUACCUGGCCAAACCCAACACAGAAAGCCUCAGUGGAGUCAUGUAUCAAGACUUUGGCUGAAGUGGCAAAGAACCGUGGGAUUGCAAUUCCAGUGGAUUUGGACAGCCAGGUCAACACCUUGUUCAUGAAAAGUCACUCUAACAUGGUGCAGAGGGCAGCCAUGGGGUGGAGAAUGUCAGCCCGCAGUGGACCUCGCUUCAAAGAAGCUCUUGGUGGGCCUGCCUGGGAUUACAGGAAUAUCAUAGAAAAACUACAGGAUGUAGUGUCCUCCUUGGAGCAGCAGUUCACUCCCAUGAUGCAAGCUGAAUUCUCGGUGCUGGUUGAUGUGCUGCACAGUCCAGAACUCCUUUUUCCUGAGGGGAGCGAUGCCAGAAUAAGAUGUGGUGCUUUCAUGUCCAAGUUGAUUAAUCACACAAAGAAGCUAAUGGAGAAAGAAGAAAAGCUCUGCAUUAAAAUUCUUCAGACAUUACGAGAAAUGCUUGACAAGAAAACUAACUUUGCGGAAGAG